AGAGCUCUAUACACUCUUUCUGGGAGAUAGGUAUUCUUCAGCAUAUUCUAAAGGAAUAAGACCAUCAUGAUCUUGGUGAUAAUACUCUUCACCACUGCAAUCUUCCUGGUUCUGGGGGUCAGUGUAUGGGUUCUCAUAAAAGAGAUCUUCACUGUACGUGUUCCUCCUCCCAUCCGCCAACGAGUGAAAUUUCACAUUCUACACUACUUCUUCCAGUUGACAAUAGCAUUGGGGAAUGUACUGGAGAAGAUGAAACUUUGUUCCAUGCCCCGGUUUUUUUGCUUUUUGCAAGACCUCUUGGUGUCAAAAAAUAACUUUGGUGUGUUGGUGAAGAACUUGCAUUUUGGUACAAUCCCUGUGAGGUUGUUUCAACCCAAGACAACCUCCUCUGGCCCCCGGAGAGGCAUCAUCUUCUACCAUGGAGGAGGUUGUAUGUUUGGUGGCCUGGAUUGUUACCACAACUUAUGCAGUUACCUGGCCUCAGAGACAGAUUCAGUACUACUAUCAGUGGGGUACCGUAAGCUUCCUGACCAUCAUCACCCUAUUGUUUACCAGGAUUGCCUGAAUGCCACCAUCCACUUCUUGAAAGAACUGAAAACUUAUGGGAUAGACCCUGAACAGGUGGUGAUUAGUGGAGAAAGCAUUGGAGCUGGGGCUGCAGCUAUUAUUGCCCAGGCAUUAUUGGACAGAAAAGAUCUUCCGAAGUUUCGGGCUCAAGUCCUGAUUAAUCCAGUCAUUCAGGGGAUCAAUUUCCAGUUGCCAUCUUACCAGCAGUAUCCAAAUGCCCCAUUUCUAUCUAGGAAAUUUUUGGUGACUUGUGUAUGUAAGUAUUUGGCCAUUGACCUGUCCUGGAUGGAUGACAUGUUGAAAGGUACUUUUAUACCUCCAGACAACUGGAAAAAGUAUAAGAAAUGGCUCAGCUCUGACAACAUCCCCCAAAGAUUCAAGAGCCAAGGCCCACAACCUGAGUCUCCUGGGCCUUUUAAUGAGGCCGCUUAUUUAGAAAUUAAUCAUAUUUUCAAUUUAGAAGUGUCACCUCUACUGGCAGAUGACAAGACCAUUGCUCAGCUUCCUGAAACCCUCCUGGUGAGCAAUGAAUAUGAUGUCCUCCGUGAUGACUCUAUACUCUACAAGAAACGAUUGGAAGACCAGGGGGUUCCUGUGACUUGGUGCCAUUUAGAAGAUGGAUUUCAUGGAUGCAUUAUGCUAUUUGAUAAGAAAGCUUUAUCUUUUCCUUGUUCUCAUAAGGCUAUGAGUUCUACAGUCAGUUUCAUAAAGGGCAUAAAGAGAUCUCAAAAUUGAAGUCAGUAGUUAAAUAAUUAAAUGCUUUAGUAUGGUAAAUGAGAAACCCUAAAGAAACAAGUAAACAAGCAGAUUGAAAACAAGCAGAAUGGGGUUGGGGAUUUAGCUCAGUGGUAGAGCGCUUACCUAGCAAGCGCAAGGCCCUGGGUUCAGUCCCCAGCUCUGAAAAAAAGAAAAAAGAAAAAAAGAAAACAAGUAGAAUGGAAAAACAGAAAACAAAAACAAAACCUAUAAAAAAUAAAAAAAUAGAAAAAAUAUAUGUGACAAUAACAUCAUAAGUAGGACAAGCCAAGGAUGACCUCUGACAUCAGCAAAGGGCCUUGCUGAGUACCUCAUUUCAUAAGGCCAUAAGGGUGAGACAUGAGACACAGUUGAGAGCCUCCUGUGUGCGUAGGUUCUCACCAUGUCUGUUUUCUUCCUUCAAUGGCAAUGUUCAGUGAUGCAUCUAGCAGAACUCUAUCACAGUCAUUAGAGAAUAAACAUCAUGGGAUUUCCUAGAGAUAUUAUAUUAUAGCCCUGUGCCAAAUUGAUGCCACCAACCUGUCACAUGAUCACUGAUGAAUGAAUCUAUAUCUGUGAUGAUAAAGCAUUGUAGGGGCCCCACUCCUGACAGAUGAAGUCAAAAUCACCGGUUAACUCCCAAUUCACAUUUUCUCUUUCUGUCCUGAAAAUCUUUGAGAGAAACUCUGUAGACCCAUUUAUCCUUAGCAUGGAUUAUAGGAAAAUUUCAUAAGCAUUUUGUAGGAAAGAGAGUCAGAGAAUGGGGAAGAAGGGGAAUGGAAGGAAAGAGUGAACUCCAAGAAGCACCAAGCUUUGCCUGAACUCAAAUCUUUAAUUUGAGAGAAGACUCUCAUCGGUCAGGAGGCAUGCUCUCAAAUCAAGACUCUCUUGUGAAUAUCUGAGACCAGCUGGAAUAUGAAAAGUGUUACACUGGAGCAAUAGAAAGGACAACCUGUGAGCAAGACCUCACCCAUUGAAGGUACCAUCUUGUGGGCAUCCUAAUUCAUUCAAAGGAAUGGGUUCCCUAUCCUUUAAAGCAAAUGUCUAGGAAAGUGUUUCCUUGGGGUUUACACACAGAACCUGAUAUAUGAUACUGUGAUCCAAGAGAACUGGGAUACAUCUUAAGUUGUCCUAAAUGUUAUCCCUAUGGUACUGGAUUUGAAGGCAUAAAAAAUGCAAGAUUGGAGGGGGUCAUGGAAAGUCAAUGAGGCUUACUACAGUGUGGCAGGAUCAGAGUUCCUGCAGAGGGACUCUAAGAGGUCAUUGAAUUAAGCUGCAAAGAUGAAGUCUCAAUUACAAUAGUGACCUCAUGACAUUGGGAAUUCCAGAACUACGAGAUGUCCACCAAGACUAGCUUCAGUUGUGGAGCAGAAAGUCUAAGGGAGAAAUUGAAUGUGGUACAAGUGGCAGAUGAAGCCCUUUGUAAUCAAAUAUUACAUUAUGAGUCCCAAAUACAUUGGAGCUGCAAGAUUUCAUAUUAUUUCAGCUGGAUUUUGGUUUUGCUUUGGUGUGAUUACUUCAUUGCUAUAACCUGUUCAUCCAUUUUGGAGUAAAAAUAUUGCAUGCUACUGUAUAAGUUAAGAAUAUUUGAUGUACAAACACUUUCAUGAGCUGCUACAGUCUAUACUACUAAGGUACUCACAGACAACUGCUGAUAUUAAAAAGAAAACCAUCACAUUUCUUUGAAAUCCCUCUCACCAGACCCAGAGCUCCCCUGACAAAUGACAACAUACAUCUUAUCUAAUGAAAAAAUACUUUCCUACAAAAGCUACUGGUUACAUUUAGAGAAGUGAACACUAUUAUUAUGGACAAAUACCAAAUUAAUGACAUGGGAAGUACAAAAAGAAAAAAUAUUUGAUGUAAAAAUAAAUGUUUUUAAUUUUAUAGGAGCUCACAGUUAAGAGAUUUUGGAAUUUUAGAGAUAAUUUGGAUCAUUAAACUUGGACUAUAUUUUAUAUUGUGGGGAAAAAACACUGAGACCAAUGAAUAGAAGCUAGAGGCUAAAAGUAAUUAUCUGUGUGCCAUGUUGUCAAGGGGUAAAGCAUGAUAGUUAGCUUUAGUUACCAACACGACAUAAGUUAGAAUCACAUAUGAAGAAAGUCUCAAUGAGAUAUUGCCUAUAUUGAGUUGACCUAUGGAGAUGUCUGCGGGAGGUUAUCCUGAGCUAAUUGAUCUGCAAAGACCCAGGCUACUGUGGGUAGCACCAAUCCCUAGGUAGAAAGUCUUUAAAUGAGCAGAACACAAGUAAAAACAAGCAUGCAUGUAUUUAUUUCUCUAUGCUCUUGACUAUGGGUGUGAUUUGACUAGCUAUUUGAGUUCUUGACUUUCCACAAUGGAGAACUAUAACCUAGAAUUCCAGUGGAAAUAAACCAAAUUUUACCUUGCUACUUUUUGUUAGGAUAUUUCAUGAUAGCAAAAGAAGUGAAAGAUUCUUAAUCUCUGUUGCCUACAGUACAUAUAGGCUCUUUACUGGUUUGGAUUCACUCUUUUUUUGCAGCACUUUUUGCAGACAUCACAAGUCCUGGUGUCACUAACAUCCUGGAGUUUUCUUCAGUAGAUGAACUGUCAACAGGAUACAAUUGUCAUCACAGUUCACUUCCUUUUGAGAUGGUUGUCUAAAUGUCAAAUUCAAUUAUUUUGUUGCUGUUAAGUUUCUUACCCUGCCAGGGACUACCUCGGGUGCGGUCUUCUUUCUUGUCCAUUCCUUUUGAGGCAGCAGAGGGGGAAGAGCAUCGGUACAGAAUGAGACUUUGUCUUAUAAAAUAUUUAGGGUUGCUAUAUAAUAAUAAAAAGUGUACUUA